UUCUCUGCCAAGGAAUAUCCCACUGGUACAAAAUUGAGCCUCUUUUUGGAACUCUUCCAUCCCCACACUCAACUACACUCUUGGGUACUCUAUAUGUUCGAUCUUAUUUAUAGUGUUCGUCCCAAAUCUCUCCAUCUCGCAGCUAGCUCGUAGAUAUCAAUAGCAAGCAGCUAGCAACUAGCAUAGUAGAAACAAUGGCGGGCAAGAUCAAGACGGUGGUGGUGGUGGUGCAGGAGAACCGCUCCUUCGACCACAUGCUGGGCUGGAUGAAGUCCCUCAACCCGGAUAUCGACGGCGUCACCGGCGCCGAGACCAACCGCGUCGUCGUCGCCGACCCGAGCUCCAAAGCCGUCCCCUUCCGCGACGGCUCCCAGUACGUGGACCCGGACCCCGGCCACUCCAUCCAGGCCAUCUACGAGCAGGUCUACGGCACGCCCUUCGUCGACGCCCAGGCCACGCCCAUCACCCCACCGGGCAUCCCCGCGCCACCCAUGAGUGGCUUCGCCCAGCAGGCCGAGAAGGAGAAGCCGGGCAUGGCGGAGACGGUCAUGAGCGGGUUCAGGCCGGACGCCGUGCCCGUGUACCGCGAGCUCGCGCAGGAGUUCGCCGUGUGCGACCGCUGGUUCGCGUCCAACCCGGCGUCCACGCAGCCCAACCGGUUGUUCGUGCACUCGGCCACGUCUCACGGCCUCGUCAGCAACAACACGAAGGCGCUCGUCGCCGGCCUGCCGCAGACCACCAUCUUCGACUCCCUCCAUGACGCGGGCCAUUCCUUCGGGGUCUAUUACCAGUACCCGCCGUCCGUGCUCUUCUACCGGAACCUCCGCCAGCUUAAGUACAUCGGCAACUUCCACCCGUUCGACCUCGAGUUCCGGCGCCACUGCCGGGAGGGGAAGCUGCCCAACUACGUGGUCGUCGAGCAGCGCUACUUCGACCUUAAGAUCCUCCCCGGCAACGACGACCAUCCGUCGCACGACGUCUCCGAGGGCCAGAGGUUCGUCAAGGAGGUCUACGAGGCGCUGCGCUCGGGGCCGCAGUGGGAGGAGACGCUUCUCGUCAUCACCUACGACGAGCACGGUGGGUUCUACGACCACGUGCCCACCCCCGUGGGCGUCCCCAGCCCCGACGGCAUCAUUAGCGACGCUCCCUUCUUCUUCAACUUCGACCGCCUCGGCGUCCGCGUCCCGGCCUUCUUCAUCUCCCCCUGGAUCGAGCCUGGGACGGUGGUGCACAGGCCGUCAGGGCCGCACCCGACGUCCGAGUUCGAGCACUCGUCCAUCCCGGCCACCGUGAAGAAGAUCUUCAACCUCGGGAGCUUCCUGACCAAGCGCGAUGCAUGGGCCGGCACGUUCGACGUGGUCCUUACGCGUGACACCCCGCGCACCGACUGCCCUGCCACGCUGCCUGAGCCGGUGAAGAUGCGGCCAACGGAGGCGGCGGAGCACGCGACGAUCUCGGACUUCCAGGCGGAGCUGGUGCAGCUAGGCGCGGCGCUCAACGGCGACCACGCCAAGGACACGUACCCGCACAAGCUGGUGGAGGGCAUGACGGUGGCGGAUGCCGCAAGGUACUGCAACGGCGCCUUCAAGGCCUUCCAGGACGAGUGCGAGCGGUGCAAGAAGUGCGGCAAGGACGGGUCUCACAUCCCCACCAUGCCGCCGUUGCCGCCGUCGAAGAAGAGGAGUGGCUUCGCUUCCAAGAUGCUGGCUUGCUUUGCGUGUGGCCAUUCUUCGUAGGAUUCGUUGGUUGGAUUGUUUGUUGGGAAAAUAGUUGGACUGGUUGGUUGCUUCACGAUAGCUAAGAUUUGGUCAUGCUCAUGCAUGUCCCAAAAAGGAUACAUGCGUUGGGGUGUUGAUAAUGAUUGAACGUGUGAAUUUUACAGCAUUGUGUAGACUGGUUGUGCAGAUUUUACAGCAUGUAUAGUAAGCAUUGUGCAGAUUGAUUGUCGAUAAUGAGACGCAUAUGUGUGAGUAACUCCCGAGGUGUACUCAUGUUCUGAAGAUUAA